AUGGCUCAACGGCCAGUUAGAUCAAUCUACAAAGGCACAUUGAUUACAAGAAGACGAAUGAAAACUUUAACUAAUCAUCAGUACACUGCCAACAGGGGCAAUGGAAGGUACAAUGUUUAUGGUACUGUACCACAAAGUGUGCAAAGCUUCCCAGGGUAAGUUCUGCUUGCUUCCUUUAUAUUUUGUCAGCAUUUAAUGCUUUUUUUAAUUUAUUUAAUAUUAUAAAAUGUAAUAUCAGCUUUUCUAUGCCUGCUGCCAUCUUUCAAUAAUACAACUAACUUUAAAACAUACUACUUAAAAACCAUUUUUUUAAAUUUAAGCUUUCAACUUCAAAGCAUUAAGAAUUUAACAAACCUAUAAAAUUAAGCUUAACGAUACUAAUACACUUUGCAGUGCAUUAUAAACUUCCAGAGUAUCUCACAGUUUAAAACAGAAAAAGGAAGAUCCUUACAAAGUAAAUGUUCACAAAAAAAGUGGAAUUAUCUUCAAAAUUGUGCCUACAAUCAACCGAAGAUCGACUCCAAUUUUUAACAGAAUGUCAUCACCAACGAUACAGUCAUUAAACCUUCAAUCUCAUGCAUUUACCGGUAGAUCAACACGAUCUGGACUAACUAUGAACAAAAUUGGAGCUUCAAGAACGUUUCAUUACGUUGUUAUGCCUAUCAGUAAUCAGAAGACACGAAAAACUAUGUUUGAAACACAAAACUUGUUCAACACAGUGAAAAGAGAUGUGGCUCCGAAAUCGCCAAAAUUGACUUCAGCAAAAUUAACAAAUGUCUCGCAAAAUAUAGUUCACCUACUAGUUCCCUUGACACCCAACAAAACAACUACAGUAACAAAAAGAAUAAUACUUACUCUACCAUCAACAAGUUCCUUACAACUUCCAGCGACUUCACAUUAUAAACCGCCAAUGAAACACAAGCUAGUAUUAGGCAUGCCUACAAAACGAUCAGCUACUUCUACAAGUAAUAAUAACAACAAGAAUGGAAUGAUUAAGAGUGGUAGUAUACAGAGAAAGAAGACUUAUAAAGAGCAUAUUGUAAAGCUAACGACCAUUGGAAGAAAACCACGAUGUGUAACUAUGAGCUGUCUGAUCUACACUUUUAAAGUGCCUAAAAACGACAAACUGACUUUUAAAUUUUAAAAAGCGCUUUAUUUUGGCGUAUUUGACAAUUAAAUAUAACUUAUUUAACGAAAAUAAGCCUACUUUUUUGCAACUAAAAAAGCUUUAAAAUUUAAAAAGCUGCGCUACAAAUGCCAGCUAACGUUACAACGGCUUAAACAACAUUAGGACAUCAGUCCGUGCCAAAAUAACACCAAUCGCUUGCAAGUAGGUCCCCCGCUUCCCGCUGCCAAAAACUAUAAUGAUUUAUUUUUAGAAGCCUCCUCCGCCGCGCCCUACACCCAUUGCCACCUAGUCAACCCAUCCGAGCUGCUCCCUGCACUGCCGAAUGGGAACAAUCCCUCUGGCCAUCCCCGAACUCAAAACCCAUCCCGCAAUGCGACUAGGACACAACUGAUAAUAUUAUUGUAGAUUAGUUUUCUUUUUAAUUUUAUUGUAGAAUAGUAGUAGUAUUUAUAAACCUAAUAAUAUUAUUGUAGAUAAAUUGAAAAUUAAUAAAUUUUAAAAAUAUUGAAAGGUGGCAGUAGAACAUAGUGAUCAAACCUUGAGGUUAUCACUAAAAAAACACAAUUAAAAAUAAAAUUUCAGAGAAGAACCCAACUACUUCACAGCCUAUCACCAUCCCAUCUCCAGCAUGUCAGCUGAAGGAUAUCCAGGUAUGAACGAACAGUGGACUCAAGAAUCUCCAUUUAUGUUCUACGGAGGCCCAAAGACUCCGGCUGCUCAAAUGGCCAGAACAACAACUUACAACCCAAGCCAGUCUCAAAUAAGCCAAAGUAACCAAAUUGGCCAAGCUAAUCAACAGUUAUCAAACUUUAUGAACAAUGCUCCUAAUUUCAACUAUAAUACCGGAAAUAGCCAAUUUGGGUUCUCUAACGGUCAAAAUAGCUUAUCAACUAGUCAAAACAGCUACAGUAACUUACAAAAUAGCUACACCAAUCCUCAGUCGUCCUACUCAAAUACUCAGAACAGCUUUUCAAAUCCUUCAGGCUACUCAAACUUCCAAUCAAACAUUCUCAACGAUCACCCUGCCUAUUUACCUACGCUAAAGUUCAAGAAUCCCUUCCAAACCAACAAAUUCCAGUUCAAUGGUGGUAUCAGCAAAAGCAUUGUAAUGCCAUUUGGAAACUCUAACCAAUUUCCAAACAGCCCCAACACCUACAAAGUCAUGAUGAGUCCAAGCAGUCUACCAUGUAGCAACAACAAUGUUAACAAUGAUAUUGGUACUAUUCUUUCAAAACCAAUAACUUUAAACAUUCCCAUAAGUGCUUUAUUCGGUAAGCCUACAGACAAGAAAGUUACAUACACAGUCAAAAACAACUGUAAUAAUAACUGUCAGAUGGAUAGCAACAACCAGUUUGGUCAAAGAUAUAUUCACAGAAAUUACCCUACUGGUUUUGAUACUAUGAUGAGUGGAAUAAGUGGAGUCAAAAAGUAAAAUUAUUAGUUAUCAAAUUGUUAAAUCUUUUUAUUAUACUAAAACUUUUUAACUAUGGUGGGUUUAGACAACAAUACUACUGAUAAAGCUACAAACAUUGAAUGUUAAUGUAAAUAAUUUGAAAACUGAUAUUAGUAUUUAUUGCUAAUAAACUUAAUUUAUCUCGACUAAAUUUUACUUAAAAUUUAAAUAAUUUUGUAAAAGUUUAUACCUAAAUCAUCCAUCCUAUACUCAAAACUUAUUUUCUAUCCUAAAUGCAUGGUAUUUUCAAAAAAACCUUAAACAUAGCUUGAAGUCGCAUAAAAAACCAUUAACAGAGCCGAGUGACCAGUGGCAUUAAACGUGGAAUGUUCACGUAAAACGCCGCAAAUCUCGACAAAUGCGGAUCUUCGGCCGCCAAAUCAACUGUUUUUUGGUUUGUAAUUGACAUUUGUCAAAAGAUUCCCGUGCCAUUAACGCGAGAAAAUAAACGUGCAUGUUGUUAUCAAAAGUGGUUUGAUCUCUUAACAUCCUUCAUGUUUUAUUAGGUUUUAGUACCUAGUUCCAGAAUGAAAGAUGUUAAGCUCAAAAAUUUUCUUAGUCUUUGCUGAAAACUUUCGCUGUUUCUUCUAUUGUAAUCAUACGUGAUAAAAACAGUAAGUUAAUCAUAUCGGAUCAUCCGAAAAUCCAGAAAACCGUUUGAUCAACACAAAACUGGAAAACCCAUCAAAAGUUCGUAUAAAUUGAACAGCAAUCAUCCUUUUUCUUACAAUAUUUUUAUAACACACUUUUUAAUAUUAUUGUCAGUUUUUUUAAUAAUGAGCUUGUUACUACUUAUACCAUCUAUCCUAUAUGUUAGUGUUAACGCCGAAUCACACGAAUCUUCCGGAGCUGGAUCACAAGAAGGUAAACACAGUUUCAACAACCUUUUCAGUUUCUUUUCACUAGCCUUAUUCAUUAUCAUAACAACUUUAAAAUAUAAACCUGACUAUAGAACAAAGUCAUAAACCAUGCACUUUUCCUUAACUUUUUGCCAAAAAUAACUCUCCAUUAGUGUCAAUCACCCAUCAAGAACGCCAUUAUCAAUAAAACCUUUAAAAACAAGCUUAAUUUCAAGUUGCAAACGAUUAUCACCGCCAGACGUACGUUCGUCUAAUCCCACGUCCCAAAAUCAAUCAAACCCAGAUCGCGAUAAAGCUGAAAACAAAAACAACAAGUACCACCAAAGUUCAGCCAGACUUUCUUACCGAGAGCCAUGAGUUGGUGGACAUCUCCGAUAAGCCCGACGUGGCCGAGCUGCUACGCGGACCACACGCCAUCGAACCACCCGACCAUGUCCAUUCUCUACGUCUGGCGCUGCCGUACGCGACGUUGAAGAACGCCAACGACAACGCCGCCUUCACCAAGUUCGUUUUUAGGGUAAGUUGGUUGACAUUUCAAAAAAUUGACAUAAAUAAAAUAUAUUUCAAGUAAACUAACAAUAAAACAAAAAUCUCACCUUUUUUCCAAUUCUUAAUGGCCAAUCACAUCUCGAAAACUAUUGUUUUAGAUAAUCAACUGGGACCAAGCCGAAUCGGCUUUCAAGGAUCUUCGUCGCGCUUUGGCUACAACGAAUUUUGCUCCAGAAGAAUUUCGUAUAGUCAAAGAUCACGGAAAUAACUAG